AUGAAAAUCCUCGUGGUAUUUCUGGUGCUGGUCAUCUUUGGGACACAAUCUCACGGAUACGAGGUUUAUAACAUCAUCAGCCCAAACAACAAUGGUGGCAAUCUUCAGGAGACAGUGACAAUUGACAAUCAAAAGAAUAUUGCCAUCGUUAACAUUCAUGCAGGAUCAUGCUCCUCUACCACGAUUUUUGACUAUAAACAUGGCUACAUCGCUUCCCGGGUGCUCUCCCGAAGAGCCUGCUACAUCCUGAAGAUGGACCAUAAGGCCAUCCCCGCUCUGGAUGAACUAAAACGAUACAUCUAUGAGAAACAGGCUAUGAAGAACAUGUACUCUGACAAAUACUUCUGGGUCAAGUACAACCCACUGCAGUCUCUGAUCGUGCACAUAGACUGGUUCCUGUUCGGCUCACCCAUCAGGCAGCUCUGCAGUCAUGUUCCCCUGUACAAGGGGGAAGUGGUUGACAAGAUAAAUAACGUCCGUACUGACGUCUGCUCAAGGACCGGAUUCCUGGGCAUCUUUGGAAUCUCCAUCUGCUCGGGUGUUGGCGCUUAA